AUGCUUGUUUGCCCUUAUAGACAUGAUAUUGAGGCUUUUUCUGGAGAAAACCAGACCAACAAGAAGAGGACGCUAACAAAGGCCCCAGGUUCACCCCGCAAGAGAGCGCGACUCGAUUCGAGCGAUGAUGGCAAGUCGCCACCCAUCAAUUCGCAAUCCACGAGGAAGCGCCGCAACACCGGAAAUUCGUCUGUUGCUCUACAUAGACAACGAAAAGUAACUUCAUAUGCCGAACGAUCUCGUCGUAGAGCACUUGAAAGUCAGGGUCGGAUAGAAAAAACUAUAUUCCGCAUUCCUCAAUUAAUCGCCCAAAACAAAGCAGACCUUACGAAGGAAAAUGACAAAACAGAGGAUUCAGAAGCAGACGAGCCGGUGUGGGAUGUGCUCAAGCAAAUGAAAGCAGAUGCAGCUGCAAUGUCUGAUGAUGAACAACCACAACUACCAGAAACCCCACAAGCCCCUCAGACUCCGAGCCGAACUUGGGGCAUUAGAGGAUUUCUUAAUUCAGUGCCUAGAACAAUUUCGAAAUUCAUUCCUACCUUCACGCUGUCUCCUAAUCGAUCACAGUCGUCUGUUGACGUGUUUACAGCCCCACCAGAGUCUCAAAUGAGACCACUCCCGCCAGCGCCUAUCAAUACCCCGCAGCAGAAUGAGCAAUCUGAGCCACUUGAACAAUCAGAGCAGACUCCGGACGAUGGUAGCUUGACGUACUCUCUUUUCCCGGAACCGCUAAACCGACGCGAACUUCUGGGGAUCUCAUCCCCACGGAAGGAGGCUCACCAGCCUUCGCCAGAUCAGCUGAUUAGUUCGGUUGAGACCGAAAGUGAUAACGUGCAGCACGCUUCCAACAGCACUACUACCAACAAUACCAACCGGAACAAAAGGAAGCGCAGAUCCACUUCUCCAGACGAAAUCCCAAACCCUCCAGGCUGUAGCUAUGGAAUGGACUUGAGAUAUUUUGAAUACAGUUCUCUAAGCGAAGCUGAUGAUGACUCAUUAACAAAUCCUGACACCACAGCUAACAUCGCACAAACUCGAGCUUCAAUUCCUGCAUCAAACCCAACUCCAGCCCCAAUUCAUGCCCCAAUCCCUAGCACAGCACAACCGGCUAUUCGAGGUAUCUUAAGAAACGCAAAGCGUGUUCGAUUUGACGCCAGUCCUGAAAAUACACCAUCAAAGCUUCGUCUCCGACGAAACUCUGAUGAUAGCCACCAAGAAACUGAGAGCCAAGAUUUGUCGGAACCUCUCAUCAAUAGUCUAAGGAAUUCCUCCAAUGAUCACUCAGCUCCCCAGUCACCUGCACCAACGCAGCCUGGCCGUGAUCAACUCUCAUCGCCCGAAUCGGUGCAGGAACCUGCACAGCCAAUUGAGCCUUCUCCGAUGAUCAUUCGCCCUAAUCCCUUUGGGACAUACUGCUUGGACUAUAGCGUGUUUUCGGAUUCCGAUGAAGACUUGGAAGAGGAUGUUGCAGCAGAGUCAGCAACAAAGGAGUCAACAGCAGCAGCUAUACUAUCCAACACUGAUAACAUUGCUGAAAAUCAGACACCCUCAGUAUCCAGCGAGACUGAGGCUCCUCCCUUCCAGCCACCACCCAUGACUCCGACUACAGCAACAGCUGUAUCAGCAGCUCCUGAACCUCAUACACCUGCUACACCCGUAACACCUACUGUACCUACUUCACGCACUGAUGCCAGUACUUCGCAACCUCCCGUUUUCGCCAAUAACUGGACACAACUUCCGCCUCCCCGCCCAACACCCGCUAACGUGUCUCUGCCACUGUCGGCCACACCUGUUGGUUCUGAUGCUGUGGCCAAACUACGCUCGCGGGCCGAGAAAUACAAGCCAAAACUUCCUAGUGGACUUCGUGCUUCUCGGCGAUACUCCUCUAGUCCAGUAUCCGCCUGUGAGGGUACUGACAUUCUAGGGCCGCAGCCAGAACCCAUUGAGCCACUGGGGGAAUCCCCUCUUCCACAUCUAAAUGCCCAGGGUGAAAGACAAGCCACGGAAGCCCGUAGCGAGGCUGUGGUUGGCAAGGAGAACUUGCUCGGUGACCUAGGGAGGUCGUCGGAGCAAACCUCCCACGUACCAGACCCCCACAUUACACAAUUGGUACGUGAGAUGUGGUUGGAGGAGGAUGAAGGGGCGGCCGAUCAAAUAUUCGGCCGCGAGUUCCGGCGAUACUCCCGUGAGCAAUUCCGCUUGGGGGAACCGGGGCUGGUGGGAGGAGAAAGGGAGGUAGAGGAAGAGGAAGAAGAGGGGGAAGAGGGGGAGGCAGCUCCCAUCGAGCCUUUUAACUUGCGCUCGUAUGGUGAGUUUUGCCAGGAGCUGGGGGAGUAUAGGCGGGAACGGGCCUCCUAG